UAAAACCAAUGCUGUAUUUUCCACUUUAACAGGAGACCGAAUGGAGGCAGCGACCAUGGAGAUGAGUUCUGGAACAAAGCACCGCCCACCGGUGCAUCUUCUGUCCAAUGACGUGUCUCAGGGGGCGGGACCAUGGCGACCAGGCGUGUUGGCAACAGGUUGCUCUGGUAGCGAAGGGGGCUUUGCAAAAAAAAACGCGCUGAUACUCCCGUUCCUCGUUGACUAAACAUUUCAUCUCACCAAGAAGGCGGAGGAGGAUCUUUUUAUCAUUUGGAUCAUCUGUAAGGUGAGCUCUGCACAGACCAGGAAGUGGACAUGAGCACUCUCUCCACAGACAGGAAGCAGCUCGUGGACUAUGGCGUCCAGAUCCGCUUCAUCAAGGACCUCCAUGACAUGGGCGGCGCCUCGCCCGACAAAUCCAGAGGAAGCAACAACCACACCCCCACCCCUCAUCCGGGGAGCAAAUACGGGGUGGCCGUGCGGGUUCAGGGGAUCUCCGGGCAGCCGUACGUGGUCCUGAAUGACGGCGCCAAAGGGGAUUCGUACGGCGUUCAGCUAAACACACCGGCCGCCAGUCCGGUGCCCCAGUCGCCGUGCAAGAGCGCGCCAAAAAGUAACGAAGCGGCGGAAGGCGUGAACGCUACACCUGUUUCUCCAACAGAGGAUGAGGAGAUCUACCGGAGCCCUCUUCGUAGACCCCCAGGGGACGGCCAAGCAGGAGGUCAAGGCGAGGAGGAGGGCAGGACUGUCAGAGAGGGGAGGUCCAAUGCUGAACCCCAAGUCAAAACAGCUGCUACUGAGGCACAGACAAAACAGGAAUUUACGAGUAACGAAGAGUACAAUGAAGCCGGUUUGAAACCAGUCAAGGUGAACGGUGCUGGACCCAGGGGGUUCAAACAAAAUGCAUUCCCAAGUAGCAAACAGGGUCCGGAUUCUCCUGCAGAGUCCAUCCCCAAACCCUCAGCAUCCACAGACGAGAAGCCAAUCGACACCAACUCCCUAGCGCCCAUCAACAAACUCAUCAGCAAGUUCAACAACAAGACGCCCGGUGGCGGCCCCCAGGCGAGGGGGCGUACCGGCGCCAGACAACAGCUCCGCUUUGACGAACGCAAGCGCUCCAAAAGCCUGGACGCAAGAAAGGAGAAUCCCCGUCCCUCGCCUCCGUCACCGACGUUCAAUCCGUACGCAUCCGCCUCCGCCAGCUUGUCAUCGAGAGCUGGUUUAGGACGUGACGCCCCACCUGUUGCCAAUAAGGUGACGACUCGGGAGUCCCCAAAGCAGAGUUUCGGGUCACCAGUGAAGUCUGGCGUAAAGGAGGCCGUCGCCGUCUCAGCCAAAAAACCUGAGAUACCACCGAGGAGUUUGUCCCUCAAGGCCACCAACGGGGAGGAGGCUCAAGUGAAGCAAGCUAUUUACAGCAUUCUCAAAGAGGGCACCAGUGAGAGUGACUCGUCCCUCAAAAGGAAGACCAGCCUUGUCUACGAGACCACCAGCAAUUUAAAGAAGGGAGGAUCUGAUGGAAACCAGAUAAAAUUGACCCUGGUGGAGCUCGAGGAACAACUCGGUCAAUACAAGAAGCAGCUGCAGCGUGCCCAUGAAGAGCUGGCUGAGGAGCGUAUAGCCAGGGAGAUGUCCGAAUCUCGCAUGCGUCUACAAGAAGAUCAGCUGGCCGAACUUCAGGAGGAGCUUAGGAGGGUUUCCGAAACGGGGCCCCCAUCCGACUCGCUCUCGACGGACAUGAUGACCCUGCAGGCAGAGCUGGCCGAGGCAACCAUGUUGCGCCACCGCCAGGACGAGACCCUGCGGCAGCGUGAGCGCGAGCUGACUGCCCUGAAGGGGGCGCUAAAGGAGGAGGUGGAGUGUCACGACCAGGAGAUGGAGACCCUUCGGGAGCAGUACAGCCAGGACAUGCUCAACCUGAGGGUGACCAUGGAGCAGGUCACACAGUCGCAGGAGCAGAUCGAGGAGGAGCGGGAGCGGGUCAACGCCUCCUUGUUGAGCCUGGAGGAGGAGCUGGACAGCUGCAGAGACCAGGGCGAGCAGUGGAAGUCGCAGCUGGACGCCACCACACAGGAGCUGAAUCUUACCAAAGACAAGAAGGCGACGCACUCCGGCAGCCACAUGCUGCUCCAAUGUCAUCAGGAGAAGGAGGAGUUUGACAGCAAGCUGAAGGAAGUCCAGGAUUCGCUGCUCGCUGCGCACAAGCAGCAGAAGUCCUCGUCAUCAGCAGAGGAGCUUCAGCGUUGCCACGACGACCUGCAUCGGGCCCGACUGGAUGCGGACAAACACAAGGGCGCCCUCGACAAGAAGAGCGAGGCACUCGACGCCCUCAGGAAAGCCAGCGGCGAGCGCGAGGCCGAGCUUCUGUCUGAGAUCGGUAGGAUGAAGGAGCAAAAGGCCGAUCUGGAGAAAGCCCUGGAGAAGGCCAAAGAGGCAUCAUCUUCUGCAGGAAGGACGGCAGUGGACCACAUCACCAACACGGAACUCCAGGAGACAAAUACUCGCCUGAGAGAGAGGCUGGCCCGCAUGAGGCUCCACUCCAGCACUUCCAGAAGUCCAGAAGCCGAGGAAGCCAUGGAGGUCCUGGAAGACGAGAACCGUUCCCUCAAGUCCCAGCUGGAGGAGGCCAAGCGCGGCGCCUCCCGUCUGAGCAAGGAGAGGGACGAGCUGAGCCGGCGGCUGGAGGAGAGGGACCUGGAAAAGGAGGCGCUACGGCGGGGCAAGAGUGACCUGGAGGAGCAGAAGAGGCUCCUGGACCGAGCCCUGGAGAAGCUCAACAAGGAGAUGGAGAUGAUGAUGGGCGACUCCCGUCAGUCGGUGGGGGCUUUGCAGACGCAACUGGAUGAGUACAGAGAGCGUUCCAGGAAGGAGUUGCUGGAGGCUCAACGCAGCAACAAGGACAAGCUGGCUGAGCUGCAGAGGGCCCAGAGCAGCUUGAAGACCCAACAGGAAGAGGUGUCCCGUCUAAAGAAGGAGCUCCUGACGUGCAGCGAGGAGCGAGACAGCACCCAGCUGGAACGAGACCUCCUCAACAAUCGCCUCAAACACUUGGAGAGCGAGCUGGAGUCGGAGAAGGGCAGCCAGACGGACCGCACCCGUGAGAUCAGGGGGCUGGAGGAUAAAAUAAAGACACUGGAGAUAGAGUUGGAUGAGGAGAGGAGUAGCGUGGAGCUUCUGAAUGAUCGCAUCACACGCAGCAGAGAUCAGGUGGACCAGCUUCGCUCAGAGCUGAUGCAAGAGCGUUCGGCCCGACACGACCUGGAGAUGGACAAAAGUGCAAUUGACAGACAGGUGAAGGAGCUGAGGUCCCGCGUGGCCGACAUGGAGGGACAGACUCGGCCCUCGGCCGGCAUCACCCUGCUGGAGAGCAAAAUUCAGGAGUUGGAGGAGAGGCUGCGCAGUGAGGAACGAGAGAAGAGCAGCAUCCAGGCCUCUCACAGACGAACGGAGAGGAAACUGAAGGAAGUGAACGCCACGCUGGACCAGGAGCGAACCCAGCAUGUGGAGCAGAAGGAUCAGCUGACCCUGCGGGUGAAGGCCCUGAAGCGGCAGGUGGACGAGAGCGAGGGCGAGGUGGAGCGUCUGGAAGGAGUGCGCAGGAAGGUCCUCAGGGAGCUGGAGGAGCAGCAGGAGCUCCAGGAGGCCCUGCAGGCCAAAGUCACGGCAAUGGAGUCGGAAUUAAAGCGGAAGGCACAGCAGUCUCAUCGCAGCACUCUGGCCACGUUGAGCUCAGAGGACGAGGAUGCUUUCUCCAUUCUGAGCGACGGCCUCCACCAAGGCUCUAACUGCUAGUACAGGACGGCAACAUAGAGUACACUGGAGGGAAGAACUAACUGUUGGUACAGGAAUACAACAUGGAGUACACUGGAGGGAAGAACUAACUGCUAGUACAGGAAGACAACAUGGAGUAGGAAGAACUAAUUGCUAAUACAGGAAGACAACAUGGAGUACACUGGAGGGAAGAACUAACUGUUAGUACAGGAAGACAACAUGGAGUACACUGGAGGGAAGAACUAACUGCUAGUACAGGAAGACAACAUGGAGUAGGAAGAACUAACUGCUAGUACAGGAAGACAACAUGGAGUACACUGGAGGGAAGAACUAACUGCUAGUACAGGAAGACAACAUAGAGUACACUGGAGGGAAGAACUAACUGCUAGUACAGGAAGACAACAUAGAGUACACUGGAGGGAAGAACUAACUGUUAGUACAGGAAGACAACAUGGAGUACACUGGAGGGAAGAACUAACUGCUAGUACAGGAAGACAACAUGGAGUACACUGGAGGGAAGAACUAACUGUUAGUACAGGAAGACAACAUGGAGUACACUGGAGGGAAGAACUAACUGUUAGUACAGGAAGACAACAUGGAGUACACUGGAGGGAAGAACUCGGGGCAUCGUGUAAAAGCCUGCAGUUGCUUUUGGGGUUUUAUUUGUAGUCGGGCAGCAAUACAGCAAUCAUUUGAAAGAGUGUAAGUUUUGUUGUUUUGUGUGUUAGUGCAUGUUCUUUUUUGUACUGAAAGUGAUGUGUAUUUUUGUUUUUGUGUGACUUUGUACACCGUAUUAGCUGUGACAAUCACACACGUUGGCACUGUGAGCCUAAUUGUCAUCUAUUUUUUCAUCCAAAUAUAAAAUCUCUAUUGUGUUGUGUGUACUUUUACACUAAAAUGCCUUAAAAAGUUAUUUCUGUCCCGGUUAAUGUUACCCCUGCAUGUUGUUGAUAAGCUUUUUCUGUGGUUAUUGAAAUACUGGUGUUGCACAUUGCUUGCAUUCUUUGUACGUUACAUUUCAUUCUUAUUACUUCUGCACAAAUUAGCAUUAUUUAACUGUUUAAUAAGCUGCUGCUAACCUUUUAGCAGGUGUUGAAAUAAAAAGAGCCCUUUGUAUUA